AUGAAGAGAAGAAAGGAAGAAGAAACUGACUCUUCCGAUCAGUGGUCUUUUAUUCAUUCAUCGGAAUUUUCAUCCACCACUGGGAAACAUGUAAAAUUAACAAAUAUCUACAGAGAUGGAGCAAACAAAAUUUGUAGAAAGGAUGAAACCGAAUCAUCAUGUUUGAAAAUAAUAUUAUAUGAUUUCUGUAAAACGAAUCCGAUGGAAAAUAAUGACAUGCUUAAAUCUCUACAAUUAAAACUCAAGAUGAAAUUUCAAAAUCAAGUGAAAGGUUUUGUAAAAUGGUUCCGUGCGAAAGAGGCAUUCAUGGCCAAGGACUUGCAUCGUACCAUUCCGAUUGAGUUUCUCGAUUGUCAAGAGGUAGUACUUCAUCUUUUGGAAAAUAUCUCAGUGUUGGAUGAAGUGAAAUAUUUUCCAAACAACCAUUUUCCAUCAUGGGUUCUCAACUGUGUUGAAGAACAUGAAAUGGACAGUCGAUGGAAGCAUUGCAAAGCAGCCAUCAUGCGGGCCAUUGCCUUCAAAGUUGUAAAUGUGUUUAAUUUUGCAACAAGAUCAGUUCUAAUGGGAUUUAAACAAGAUUUGGUAUAUUUUCUGUUACAGUACAAUUGUUGUCCUUACGAAUUUCGUGAUGAUGAAGAAAUCAUGUUAGAGAUUGUGCAACGAAAUGGAUGGUUUUUAGAAUAUGCCUCUCUUGCAUUGAAACAUAACAAGCGCGUGGUUUUGGCUGCUGUUAAACAACGUGGCUGUACUCUAAUACAUGCUUCUCAUACCUUACGUGAUGACAGAGAAGUAGUUUUGAAUGCCAUUCAACAAGAUGGUUAUGCCCUUUCAUUUGCGUCGCCCAGCAUUCUCAAUCAUGAUUUGGACAUUAUUUUAAUGGCUGUCCAACAAUAUGGAUCUGCAUUGAAAUUCGUUCCAGAAAAGUUCAGAAGGAUGAAACAAGUUGUUUUUCAUGCAGUUCAAAGUGAAGGAACUGCAUUAGCUCAUGCUUACAUAGACUUACAAAACGACUAUGACAUUGUACUUGCGGCAGUGAAACAAAACGGAUUUGCGUUGCGGUGGGCUUCUACAAAUAUGAAGAACAAUUACGAAAUUGUAUCGGCUGCCGUACAAACCAAUUCUGAAGCCUUGAACUAUGCUUCACGCACACUUCAAGAUAAUUUUGAAAUUGUCGAAAAAGCAGUAUCUGCAUUUGGGACCUCGCUGGAAUUUGCAUCAUCAUCACUAAGGAGUAAUUUGUCUCUAUGUUUAACGGCAGUGAAGCAAGAUGGAUAUUCCUUGCGAAGUGUUGACAGAUUUCGCAACAACUUUGAGGUGGUCUUGAAUGCAGUUAAACAAAACGGUAUGGCAUUACAAAUGGCUUCACCAGAAUUGCAAAAUAAUUUCGAGAUUGUUUUAACAGCUGUUCGUCAACGUGGUGCUGCAUUGUGCUUUGCUUCUCCUGCAUUAUGUGACAAUGUUGAAAUUGUUAAAGAAGCAGUUAAAACAUAUGGGAAGGCAAUACAUUAUGCCUCUUCGAGAUUAAGAGGAGAUAGGGAUGUAAUUCUUGCAGCUUUACAACAAGAUGGAGACGCAUUCGACUAUAUUGACUUGCAAUUGCAGCACGAUGAACACAUUUAUAUUCAGGCCAUUCGGAAUAGUGGUCAUCUCCAAAACAAGACUAUUCUUCAAAGCAUGGAUAGAACAUCUUUUAACGUCCUGAAACAGGCACGUCUUGAACAUGAGUAUCAUGAUUGUCACAUACCAUUGGGUCAUUUAAUUUCAACUCCGAUUCAACUUUGUAAGCAAGAGACAACUUUAACCGACGAAUAUUCUGAAGAAAUGUGGUGGUCAUAA